CAAUAUACAAGAGACGGCAGCAGUUGCAUAGAACCAUGGAGCUAGCGGGCCAGGCCUUGCUUGACGCUCAGCUUGACCUCUGGCAAAACACAUUCGCCUAUGUCAAGUCCAUGGCCCUCAAAUCUGCCAUAGACCUCCGCAUCGCCGAGACCAUCCAACACCAUGGAGGCGGUGCCACCCUCUCCCAAAUAGCCACCAGAGCUAUGGUCCCUCCGGCCAAGAUCCCCUGCUUGAGCCGCCUCAUGCGCGUGCUCACGGCCACUGGUGUCUUCAACGCCCAAAAGACACGAUCGGGCAUUAGCAGCUGCGAGCAGCUCUUUUACUCGCUCACACCGAUGUCCUGCCUCCUUGUUGGCUCACGAAACCAGGCCCCCAUCACCACUAUGUUACUCCAAUCGACCCUCGUCUCCUCCUUGUUUGAGCUUGGUGGGUGGCUCCGGCGUGAGCUGCCCGAACCAUGCAUGUUCCAGCUGAGGAACGAUCACACACUUUGGGAGCUAGCCGACAGUGACCCAAAGUUCAACGCGCUCUUCAACAACGGGAUGAACUCAGACACUGAAUUCAUCAUGGACAUUGUUGUCAACGAGUUCGGGGAGGUAUUCCACGGGGUAGACUCAUUGAUCGACGUCGCUGGGGGACAUGGCGCCGCGGCACAUGCCAUCAUGAAGGCGUUCCCGCAUCUGAAAUGCAGUGUGCUAGACCUUGGCCAUGUUGUUGCAGAUGCUCCCAACGACACCAACGUGCACUAUAUCGCUGGCAAUAUGUUUGAGACUGUGCCACCAGCGAGCAUGAUAUUUCUCAAGUGGGUCUUGCAUGACUGGGGCGACGAAGAAUGUGUCAAGAUAUUGAAGAACUGCAAAGAAGCUAUUGCUCCAAGAGACAAAGGUGGAAAGGUGGUAAUCAUAGAUAUUGUGAUUGGUGCAGGACAGUCCGACAAGCAGCGGAAAGAGAUGCAGGUCGUCUUUGAUCUGUUCAUCAUGUUUAUCAACGGCAUUGAGAGAGAUGAGAACCAGUGGAAGAAGAUCUUCUUCGAAGCAGGAUUCCGCGACUACAAGAUAACACCAGUUCUUGGCGUUCGGUCAAUCAUUGAGGUCUACCCAUGACGUCCAUGCAAUAUAUCAGCAAUUCAGCAUCUUUUCCAAUAAGUUUUAAAUAAGUUUGCAUGUUGACAGACAGUGGGGUGUGUGUGUGUGACGAGUUUUAUCGACACUCGCGUGUAGUUACUCUCAUUAUCAGUAUACUGCUGUGUGUAUGUCCCCAUACACAUUUAUCAUUUUGAGUAUGUUCAUAUAAUAAUUCUAAGGAUAUAUAUGAAAAAUUCCAAAA